AUGUUCUUUGAGACUCUGAGCCCUUGCUAUUCAGAGAAAAUGAUUGUUUGUGCAUCACAGAAAUUCACCGACCUGGUAGAGACGGGGAUACGUAUUGAGGAUUGGGCUCGUAAGGGAGCUGGUUCUUCAGGUGGUUCUGCAGGAAGUUCGGCUAAUGGUAACAAGAAGUUUGGUAAUGGUUACUCAAAAAGGAAUGCUCAAGAAGUUGGCAUGGUGGCCCAUGGCGGAUCUCAGCCUGUGUACCCUAAUCAUCCUUAUGUUGCUAACAUUACCCCACAAAUGACCGCUCCCCAGAACCCAAAUUAUCAACCACCAAGACCUCAAGGACCUUCACCAUACUAUCCACCACUAUAUCAACUACCAUACAACCCACAACAAUUCCCUCAACAACCAUAUUACCCCCAACAACCAUACCAACAAAGGCCACAAUACCCACCACAACAACAACCCCGUCCUCAAGCUCCCUACAAUCAGCAGAAUCAAAAACAACAAUUUGAUCCCAUACCAAUGACUUAUGGAGCAUUACUGCCUUCCUUGCUCGCGCAAAACCUGGUUCACACACUACAACCCCCUCGUAUUCCAGAUCCUCUCCCACGCUGGUACCGUCCUGAACUUCAUUGUGUUUAUCAUCAAGGGGCAGCAGGUCACGAUGUGGAACGUUGUUAUGCCCUCAAGAAAGAGGUCCAAAAACUGCUCAAUAGCAAAGAGUUAACUUUCGCCGACCCUGAUCAUGUUGCCCAGAACAAUCCUCUGCCUCUCCAUGGGCCGGUUGUUAAUAUGAUUCACGAUUGUCAGGAAGAUGCUUGCAUUCUCUACGCAUGUGACAUCAAGACUCCUUUGGUACCGAUACAUGUGAAAAUGUGUGAAGUAGCUCUCUUCAGUCAUGAUCACGAGGCUUGUGAGGUGUGUUCGGUGGAUUCUCGUGGUUGCAUGCAAGUACAAAAUGAUGUGCAAGGUCUCCUAGAUAAAAAGGAACUUGUGGUUACAAAGGAAAUCAAGAGCAAAAGUGUUUGUGUUGUCACCCCAAUAUUCAGAGCUAGGAGGCCGCUUGUGAUAAACCCUAACAGUGCAAAGCCCGCUGGCACUCCUCUGGUAAUCUGUGUCCCUAGGCCUGUACCUCUUUCCUCUCAGAAAGCCAUACCUUACAAAUAUGAAGGCACAAUUCUAGAACCCAGAAGUGAAACGACCUCAUCCUCUGUUGUGGACAAUAUUGCUGAGAGUAGUCAGAUUUUGAGAAGCGGCCGCGUUCUUCCUGCUGUGGUUCAGAAAAACACUAGUAUUCCGGUGGAAGAAACAGUAAAGGAGCGGAACACAGGUAAAGGUAGAGUUGGAGGGCAUCCCAAAGAGGUUGACUAUGAGGAUGCUGAUGAAAUCUUAAAGCUGAUCAAGAGGAGCGAAUACAGGGUUGUGGACCAGUUGUUACAAACCCCUGCAAAGAUUUCCAUUAUGUCUCUGUUAUCAAGCUCUGGUGCUCAUCGAGAUGCCCUGAAGAAAGUACUAGACCAGGCUUUUGUGAAUUAUGAUGUGACUUUGUGCCAGUUUGAAAGUAUUGUGGGGAAUGUGACCGCAUGUAACAGUCUGAGUUUCAGUGAUGAAGACCUCCCAGCGGAGGGGAAGAAGCACAAUUAG